AUGGAUUCCAGGCUGCUGAUUGGAGCGGGGAUCCCCACCUCGGACCCGACUGUCCGGGCGCCCUGGAACAUCAGCUCCAUCAGUCCGCACAGGCUCGUGGAGCUGUCUCCUGUCGCUACAGCUGUAAGUCAGACUCCCACUCUCUUUCUGUGAGUGUUUGGUGUGGUGCUGCAGGAAUGCCCUUCGGUGUGAAUGGCGAGCUUUUGCGCGCAACAGCGAUGCGUAACAGCUGUGAGAUCCGCUCCAGCUGAAAUCCAAUUUACAGCAUCUGGAAAUCCGGCGAAAAACUUACUCAUUUUUCAUUUUUACAUCAUUGAUCCUCGAGAUCAUUCAUAAAUUUUACACGAAGGCAAAGAGAGUGAGGUGUGAAUGAGCGUGAUCUGAACUCCGAGUGAGUGAAUGAAUGAAUCCUCUCCUGCGCAUCUGCGCUCCUUUCAUUCAGCACUUAAAUCUGAAUGAAGCAGGAGAGCAGCGCACAGCUCGUCUCUCUAUUGCUUCAGCGUCUUUGUAGUAUUAUAGGAAAGGCUGGUAAAGGUAUAGUAAAAAAGCUGCUGCGGGUGCAGGUAUGUCCCAUCACCUUGCAUGACUUUUUGUGCCAGCGGUUGUGCGCGCGUCAAAAUGUAAUUCGUGUGUUUCUGCUUCAGUUUUGCUCAAAUUCAUCUUGAUUUGUGAUCGGUCGAGUAUCUCAUUUUGUGCAGCCCUUUCGGGGGGCAUGUGCGUGCUUCGAUCCACUUAAUGUGACCGGGUGUUGCACUAAAAAGCCUUUAUAGACCAAUUUAAUCCAAGUCGUUCCCUUUAAAUCCCAUAUCGCCUGUUUAUGGUUCAGACAUUUCACUUGGACUUGCAGGUUUUGAUCUCUCCAGGAUUGAAAUUUUAGUGGCAAAAUAAUUAUUAUUUAAAAAAAGGGAAUCCUCAUUUUCUAACUCCCCUUGAAUCACUCCUCGUCCUUCUCUCCAGUGAAAAUAUUAUCAUGGAAAUCUUUUUAAUUGACCGUCAUCCUUUACUGGCGUCUAUUUUGGUCCAGCCAGGACCUCUUUUAUUUAAAAAAAGAACAAUCAUUUGCAUACAAUAAGUUCUGUUUGCUGGUUUGGCUCUGUUCUAGUAGCACUCUGCCCUCGCACAUGCAUACCUGGAAUACCAAAGCCUACAGGCAGGGAGAGCACAUCUCCCCUUUUUGUGCCAUGUGCAUACAUGAAUAGCCAAGACGGGCAGAGCAGCAGCGAAGACCUUUGGAUACAGAACAGAGCAAGGAUUAACUGCAAUGCAUAUCACAAGAGUAAAGCAGAAGAAGGUAACCACUGAGCUGUCAGGAUCAGCUGAUAUAUCAACUCUCUGACCUGCCUGAACUAGCUCUAUGCUGACUAAUGUUAUGGAUCAACUCAUGUCCCGGUCCUCAUUAAAACACAAACAGGCUGAAGGUUAAGUUCGGUUCAAUUCCAGAUCGAGGGUAUUUGCAGAACGGCUGUUUUAAAAACCAUCAAGCAGCUGCUUUGUAUGCAGAUUUGGAUUGUUUGUUUAAAGGUGUUUAAUCAUGCCGUCUCUCACAUCCUCUCUGCAGUCUCAUUUACACAUUGUUACUCCUGGAAACUCUGAGACGUGUGAUCACCAGCAGGAAGAAUGUGAUCAUUACUAAGUCUCAGGGAUAAAUCAGACUCUCUCUCUCUCUCUCUCUCUCUCUCUCUCUCUCCUCUCGCUCUCCUCUCUCUCUCUCGCUCUGUCUCCCUCCAUGUCAGACAGAGGGCUUAGUUUACGCUCAGCCUCUGAGGGAAAUCUCCUCCACCUCCACUCUGUGAGGAAAAUAUAAAGCAUGAAAAAGAAAGUACAAUGCUUAAACUUUGCCCCUGGGGCGCAGACGCAGACUCUGAUUCUUGGGACAGGACCAGCUGUUUUAGAGACAUAUGGAGAAACACAUGCACUGCACGGUUAUGGCGAAUGUGGUCCAGAAAGUGUGAAAGGUUCAGAUUGGACUUUGAAGUUGAGACCUGCGGGCUUUUGGUCUCUGCUGCUUUUGUGGUCUGGCCUUCGUGGUGGGAGUGCUGGGAAAGCUGAUACUGCAGCAGAGCCCGAGGGCAGCUUCCACUCACACAGAUGGGAUCUUCCCCCUGAAAUAUGCGUGGUUUUCAUUUCCAAACUCUCGAGAAACUUUUCGACAUUUCUCUGCAGAUGGCUUCUUUUCUUUGGUGCCAUUUGUUGGUUUUUCUUUCGCCACCUUAUUCGUCAUGGCCAAUUAAAAAAAAAAACUGAGGAUAAAUGUUUGAAUUAAAAGAAAUUGAGUGCUGAUAUUAUUGGUGUGUAUCUCUCUUUCUCUGUGAUUAUGUCUCCUGUGUGUUUGAUCAGUGUGGCUGUAGCUGCUAAACAAAUGAGUUUUCUUCUGGGUUGCAGAUAACCAAUUACAGGGCAACUUAUUGACAGACUGAUUAAGGACCCACUGUGACAUUUGACAGAUUGAGUGGGCGGUUAUUCUGUUCAACUGUGUGUGUGUUACAGCUCUGUUUAGGGAAAGUAGAGAUUAUUUUCUUGUUUGAACAAUAGUGUUCAGUGUUUUCAAUCAUUUGAAAGGAGUUAAUUUAAUCAAAUACUGAAACAGACGCUGAAAGAAGAGGCUCGACUGUUCAGAUAAACCAAAACUACCAAAAUGGAAACCUAACUUUAAAAUUUAACUUGUUUUGCAUUUCUAAUUUGUUAGUUUCAACUCAAAAAUUGACCAGUAACAUGAUGCAACCCUUUCUUACAGCACCUCUAAAGCUACUGUGAGGAACUUUUGGUUAGUGCAAACUUUGGCGCCCCCUGUGGAUAAAGCAGUCUUUCUUUAUCAUGUCGUCUACAAGCUAGAGUAGAGACUUUUGACAUUAAACCCUGAUCCUGCUGACUUUUGACCAUAGACUGAAUAUAGAAUGGACGUUGUCUGUCUCUUCACCGGGUGAAGCCAUCCCGAGAACAGCACCCUCUGGUGACGGGCUGCAGUAUAGGUCAUAAAUCCCUCCUCCUCUAGCAAUCCCUAUGUAGCUGUGGACAAACUUUAGAAAUUUAUUACACAGAACCCCCUCCCCCCAUGCGAUGUUGACAUGUAGUUAUUGUAAGACUCAGGUACUGUUUUUUCUGUGAAGCUCCGUUUUUAAAAGUUAUUAGGGGGUUCAUGUUUUCUUUGAUUGACACUUGAUACAGCCUAUUGGCUUAGGGAUUACGUAGCUCACCCGGGGGGAUACGCUGUUUGAGCCGAGCGUCAUCACAGCGACUCUCCUGCUGAAUGCGUACAACGCUACUGCGCACUGUGGUUUCAGGAAAUGGAGAAAAAACACAGAAUUACCGAGAGCUUUUCAGCUUCAAAUCCAUAUACUGGCGGAAGGCGGGACCAAGUUGUCCAUAGUAUAUACAGUCUAUGUUUUUGACGGUCAAGUGUAUUAUUUGUUCUGAAUAUUUGAUACAGAGUUUAUAAAAACGGAGUUGUUUCUUGAGCUGCUUGGCUGACACCUACCCCCUCACACCGGCUUCAUGCAUGAAUAAUAAGGAAAUAAAAACCAUCAAUCUUGUCGCUAAUGGUCUCGUUUGCUUUUGGAUAUCAUGAAAAAGCACCAACCUGAAUUUAAGUCAGUUUAAUUCAUGUAAAGAAAGCUCUGUAACACUUCGCUUGACACCUGUCUCUAUAACGCUGUAUAAAUAUAUGUAUACUGCAUUAUAAUCAUGUUAUAGCACUGUAUAACUAUAGUUAUAAACACUCAAAAAUGAUCAUAAUGCUUUAUAGCAAUAAUCAUAACACAUAAAGCAUUUUAUCAUGACUUACAAGGUAAAUUAUACAAGCGAUAUAGAGAUAGGCAUCAAAUAAAGGGUUAACGAUAACUCCUUAAAGGUGCUUUAAAAGAUAUCAUCACACAGCUAAAACCCUAUUGUUAUGUCCGAUAAUAAAGAACUCUGAUCCUUCAUAUAACAAUAAAAACUGAUGAGUCGUGUAAAAAGUUGUGCCCAGUCUUGUUGUUGUUAUUGAAGAAAUGAGUUGCAGAGAUAAGAGACUUUUACUGUAGAAUCCAGGGUCAGCCUCAAGUGGACUCUUGAGGAACUGCAGUCUCCUCACUUCUCAAUUAGCUUCAUUUUCAACUCUAGAGUUUGCUACUUGUUUUUUUUUUCCAUUGCAAGUGACACUCUACUCCUUUAGUUUUAUUUUGUCUUAAAAUCAAUAAAAUUCACUGCCUGAGCUUUUUCUCUCUCCCAUCAAAAAUAAAGCUGCAACAACGAGUGCCCCCCGGAAACCUGGACUACAUCUUUUGUGAUGCUCAGGUUUACAGCAUUUUUCUGCUGCAGUUUUCUUCAGUGCAGACUUUGUAAUAUUUAUGUCAUUGCAGUAAAGGAAUUUGCCUCUGGUUUUUUGCUGUACAUUCUGCUUUUCGCCUUUAGCGUUGGUUUAAAUUCAUAUUAUUUCUUAACUUCUGGGCCAUCGUGGUUACAUUCUUGUUUGUAUCCUGACACCUAAAUGGCCAACAGUGAAAAAGUAGUUCUGGUUUGUACAUAUUUGAACUGCUGCUCUGCUAUGAACAUGAUAACCAUGUCACUGGAAGUGCCCCCAGCCAUGUUUAUUAUAUCAGUGUUCGAUGUCGUAGAGCGGUGCUGUUUCCUGCAGCAUGUUUGCACACAGAUUCAUCUGAUUGUGUAUGCACAUCUGCUGCAGACGACUCACUUUGAAUGCAUGUGUUUAUAUGUGUGUGUGGCUGUUUAUGCAUGCUCAAGUGUGAGUGUUUUUAAUUCAUAUUAUAUUCCCUAAAUUGGAUGUUAAACUCUCUCCUGCCUUUUUAUUCUGUCUGGCACCUUCUUCCUCCCCUCUAAUUUUCAUCGUCUUUCAAUCCCAAUUUAUUUGUCUUUUCUGUGUCCUCAAUCUUUGUGUAUUAGACAGCCACAAGACCAUUUACAUUUAUAUUACUUGCACUUCUCUGACGAAGGAAUUCCCAGAAACGCCAGCGUUGUUGGCUUCAGCAUGUGUUUUUGAGAGAGUGAAUAUAGACAGGUAUUACCGCCCGGUCGCUCCAUCUUGAAAUCACACAAACACGCAGACAGGAGAGAGGAGACUCCAGUGCCAACGCCGCUCACUGUGCCCCUCUCACCUUGUGAUCAGCAUUUAUCUGGCCCCCGAGCUGCUGGAGCUAGAAGAGCGAGGAAAUAAGAAUAGGGAAAAAGGAAGGAAGGAAGGAAAGGAGUGUUUGAGUGAUUUAGGGAGCAGACGUGAAGGAGGGAAUUAAUCGGGAUCGGGGGAGAAAUGAAGCCAGGCAGGCGAGGCAAGGAGACCUUGAUUGUGAUCCACCAUAUCACACAUGACGGCGUCAGACUUGAUCCUACUGUGUUUACAUUCCCCCCACACACACACUCACACACUCACUCACACACAUCUGCAUAUUACUUUCCCUCACAUCACUUUGGUGCCGUUUCAGGAACGCCUCGCCAUGACCUUUUCACACAUUUCCUUACAUAACCACUCCAUCACUUUUCAAAUGUCCUCCUCGCCGGAGCACAUAUGACUCUGCAGAAAGCAAGACUCCUCAAACAGAUGUUUGCACAUGUGUGUAAGCCACACCAACACAGACGGACACACAACAUGGGUGUCUAAAUGAGAGGGGCAUGAUUAAUGAAAAAAGGCACGCGCGUGUGUGUGUGUGUGUGUGUGUGUGUGAGGCAGCUAAGAAAGAUUUAGCUCAGUGAAAGUCAUCCUGGUGAGUAAGUGUGUUUCUGUGUGUGUGUGUGUGCAUGAAAGAAACCCAGUGAGAGACAAGAGGAAAGUGUAAAUGCAGGGGAGUGUGUCAUGAUUUCUGAGAGGAAUUCUCAAGUGGAGCUGUGUGCUUUGAGGUGCAGCCACUUCUCAGAAGCUAAAUGCUAACGUCAAGUGAAAACCUGGAGCAACUAAAGCUUUGCAUUAAGGGGACAAGAAACAGCCACGUGUUUUUGGCACGUUGAUGAAUCCGGAGAGAUUUCAUACCAUGAUAAACCUCUUCUAAAAUGACACACUUUGUAUUAUGAGCUAACCUUUCACUUGGAUAAACUUGGGUUAGUUGUUUAAACUGAUCUCUAAUAGCUCAAGCAUGUUCCAGCUUAGUCUAGGCAAGAGAAAGGUUAACACACAGUGAUGGACAACCACUUGAACUCACAGAUUAACAAAUGUACCUUAACCUUUGACCAACCCUGACAAAACCCAGAGGACCACUGUAAGCAAUGGAAAAACAUUUAAACAGAUGAUCCGGCGUAAAAUUAAUUUAGGGUCAAAGACACCUUAACACCGAGUUAGACACCCCGACAAGAGAUGAAUGUUGCCGACCGCUUGCUUCUCUAGUUAUACCAACUUUAGUAACGACCGCACGAUAGCAAUACACAGCGGUCUGAGGAGCCAUAAACAAACCUCAACCAAAACGCCACUCUAUAGCCACAAAUAAUGCUCAGAACAGCACCUAACUUCAUCAACAGUACAUAUAGGGUCCCAGCCACAGUACUAGCCACCAAACAUCUUUUUAACUUUGUCUACUUUCUUUAGCAAAGAGACUAAACACAACUCACCCACUCUCUUCCAGCAGCCGCCUAUUUGUGGCGAGACCUCGGGCCAGUCCAUUACAGACUACAGCGGGGUGACACAGCUCAAGGAAGAACAUUUAUGAUCAUUUCUUCAUGGAAAUGCAAUCAGACCGAGACGCUAAGGUAGAAGAACUACCACGUCUGCAGUGCAAAAUGAUUAAUAUGGAGAUUAAUACUUUAAGGAAAUGAUAAAGAAAUGAUCAGAAAUGUUCUUCCUUGAGCUGCGUCACCCCGCAGCAGUCCUUGAUGGACUCGCCCUGGGUCUCACUACAAACAAGCGGCUGCUGGAAGAGAGUAGGUGAGUUGUGUUUAGUCUCUUUGUUAAAGAAAUUAGGCAAAGCUAAAAAGAUGUUUGGUGGCUGGUGCUGUGGCUGGGACCCUAUAUGUCCUGUUGAUGAAGUUAGGUGCUGUUCUGAACAUUAUUUGUGGCUAUAGAGUCGCUUUUUGGUUGAGGUUUGUGUGUGGCUCCUCAGACCGCUGUGUAUUGCUAUCGUGCGGUCGUUACUAAAGUUGGUAUAACUAGAGAAGCCACCUGGGUGUGUUGUCACUCGCUGGAGUCUGAUCUGUUGUGUUGUCUUCAUGUGAAUAUGGUUGGCAGUGGGAUGGUUAGGGCACCAAAGCUAACUGUUUAGCCUCACACAUAUGUAGGCUGUGUCUCUUUCUCAUCUGGGCCUGAAGAAUACUGAACAGACAAAAGCAUGUGGAUGUUAACUCACAAAGUUCGGGGUUCUUGCUCUGCUCACAUCAUCCACACUCUGCAAACCAGUUCUUCCACCUGCAGACUCUGUGAUCCUGUGUUUAGCCAUGUGCAGUACCUGAAAUCUUUUUAAGAGUAAAUUCUAGGUGAAUAAAACACGAUUUUGACAUUAAUGGUGAAUUAAGGGCUGAUUUAUCUUAAACAGAAAAAAUAAACACUCUGCCUUUGUUUGUGUCGCAGCCAUCCACAAAACCACACCAGUGUUAAUGACUUGCCUAAAUAAUGUGUAAGGAUUGCAGUGGAUGGGGAAACUUCCUCUCUUUAAGAUAAGAUUGAUAGAAUGCCACAGUUAUUUAAGGCAAAGUAGAUUGCUGAGGAAAUAGAGUUGAAUGAGGUCAAGGCUGAGGCUGCUUUACUUAAAUGCAUCCUGGUACAUGCACUGCGAGCUUAUUCCUGUGAGAAGUCAAAUUAAGGAGAAAACAGAAUCUUUAGCCACAUUUUUAUCACGAAAACUAAAUUCACAUCCAUUGAAAACCGGAAUUUGAUCAAGCAGGAAUGAACAACUAGAAGCUAUUUUUAGAUUUUUGUACUACAAGUUUUCAUGUCUGCUUCUUUCUGACCUUUACUUACGAAGGACAUUGCUACACUUUUGUGCCACUAAUCAUUUUUCCCCAUCAUCUUUUGAUUUUGUUUCUGGGAAGAGGUCCCCGUCAUAACUUUCAAGGCCUGCUAACUGACCCAUGAAAUGGCCAAUGUGGCUGCAGGUUUAUUCCAACCAAGCAGCAGCACUCCUGACUCUGCUCAUUCAAUCAACGUAACAGUUCUCAUUGAGCUGAUUUGUUGUACCAGGUGAGUCCUUGCUUGGCUGGAACACAACCUGCUACCUCAGCUGACCUUUGGGUUUUAUGGUCCUUUUUCCCCCUGCAGAGAUGAUAAUGAUCCCUGCAAUGAAACGAGCAUCUUUCUGGUGACAUUUACUCCCUCAUCUUCUUUUCUUGUUGCAAAGGGCUCCAUGGUUCCAAACCACCCGUUUCCAACUGUAGACGUCCCAGACCACGCUCACUACACCAUCGGCGUGGUCAUCCUGGCUGUUGGCAUCACAGGCCUGCUGGGAAACUUCCUGGUCAUGUAUGCCUUCUGCAGGUACAUGCACUCAGAAUUAAUCCUCUUCGAUAGGCUUAUUCAGCACUGAAUUUCUAGUAUGAACCUCUAUUAAUAAUAUAUGUGAUAUUGAUUUACAGUUAGUCAUUCUCCAGCAUGAAUUUUAAUAUUUCUCCGCAUGCCUGUAUUUGUGUUUGUAUGCGUGUGCAGGAGCCGGAGUCUGAGGACGCCAUCUAACCUGUUCAUCAUUAACCUGGCUGUCACAGACUUCCUCAUGUGUCUUACCCAGACUCCUGUGUUCUUCAUCACCAGCAUGCACAAGCGGUGGAUCUUUGGGAAAAAAGGUAACACAUUCAGAUGCAGACAUUUUCUCUGUGUGAAUUCACAUUUUAACCUGUCAUGAAGAAAAAGCUGCACAGGCUACCUUAAAUAACCAAAGCUCUGACAGAUUGAGAGAAACUGGUUUAUGUUUGCAUGACACAGGCUGGAUAAAACAUGCCAGACAUUGAUUUCUGAGGUGCUAUGAAGCUUAUGCUGCAUUCAAGUUACCUCGGAAGUCAGAAGUCCAAGCUGAAAAUGACGUCACACCUGAGUUACCAGUGUUUCAGUUACAAAGUCGGAAAAAAGCAAAUAUGGAGGCCUGAAACGAGAUGGCUACAUCUACUAAAGUAAUUUUUGCGCUUGCCUUGUCUGGAUAUAAGGCAAGCGCUAAAAUAACUUUCGUAGAUGUAGCCAUCUUGUUUCAGGCCUCCAUAUUCGCUUUUUUCUGACUUGGUAACUGAAACACUGGGAACUCGGGUGUGACGUCAUUUUCAGCUCGGACUUCUAAUGCUGCAUCCGAGUUAUCUCCGAAGUCAGAAGUCUGAGCUGAAAAUGGUAUCACACCUGAGUUACCAGCAUUUCAGUUACCAAAUUGAAAAAAGCAAAAUCGGAGGCCUGAAACAAGAUGGCUCCAUCUACGAAUGUUAUUUUAGCGCUUGCCUUGUCCGAAUUUAAGGCUUGGUAACUGAAACGCUGGUAACUCAGGUGUGACGUCAUUUUCAGCUCGGACUUUUGACUUCCGAGGUAACUCGAACGCAACAUAACUACAGUUGUAACGUUUAACCAUUGCUAACUGUUUUCUAUGGUUUGUUGUUAGUCGUUGUUAGCCAUACCAGUCUAAAACAAUAUGUAACACGGUAUAUUACUCAUACAAACACCAUAGUGCCAUGUCCACAGUUAGAUGUUGGGCAGCAUUCAUAUACCACUAAUUUGAUUUCACAAAAACAAAACAGAAAUGCUCAUAACUACUACAUUAGAAGAGCUCUCACUGUUACUGUGUACUGUUGAUGCAUAGUUCUGCCAUCUUGGAUUAUGACAUUGUGGUCAAGUCGGGGUUUGUGAGGAUCGUCCGACUUUACGAGUCAGGAAUCCAACUUUCCAACCAUGACCUUGAAUUUCGACUUCCCAGUACAACUGGAUCGAAGCAUUAUUAUGGAGUCAAUUUUUACGUCAUGUUAGCUAACUAUUGUUGUCAAAAUAACAGGCUGGAAAUUAACAAGAUCACUUCUUGAACCGUAACACCUACAAAAGCAUCAGCAUUUCAAUAAAAGUGAUCUAUAAAUUAGAAAUGCCUCUUUCACAAAAAAACUGUAAUUCCCUUAGUGUCCACUUGAGGCAGAAGCAUCGGAAACGACGUACACAAUUUAAGCCCAUUUUUAGAGCAAAAAUAAACAUGUUUUCAGUUCAAAUAGUUCAAGACCUGCCUCUGGUUAUACAGUUUGCAAGUAUCUGCAUUUGCUUCAUCUUUUGACAUUAGACUUUGUGUAGUUGUUGUACAUCUUGCUCUAAGAGUGUUUAUGUUUUUUCAGUCUUCAAAUCAGUAAAUUCACUGCCCCAGCUUUUCACCUCUCCCAUUGAAAAUAAAGCUACUGAAAUAAGUGCCCCUGAGAGACCUGGAGCACUUAGGUAGUGAUGACAACAUUUACCGCAUUUCAUUGUUGAAUUUGUUGAACACUUAAGAUUGCUAGGACAUGGUUCAUGUACACGGGCAUAUUAACAUUCAUGCUCACUCACUUUAAAAUUCAACAGGCGGCUAAAUUGUGUCCCUCCCCUGCCAAGUGUGACCUACAGUUCAGUUGAGAUUCUGUACACACACAAAGACCUGCCAUCCUCCAUAACCCCUCUCUGCUUCAGCGUAAAAGCAGCACCAAAGGCUUACUCCGCUGUAUCCCGAUCCCAUCGAUCACACAGAACAAAGCUAGCAUGCAUGCCGGUGGUGUGUUUUCCAUGAUUGCAUUUGUAGGAGGGGUGUUGCACUCUUGUGUGUUUAAAACAACCUGCUGGGAGGGGGGAACUAAAGAAGGCUCCACACUCCACUGAUCAAACACUGAUAGUCGAAGCGUUGCGUUUUCCUCCAGGAGUUGUCCUGACCUUGAUGAAGAUAGCCAAUCGCUGUCAGAUCUGGAGCUCAACUCUCAACGGUGGUUACUGCGAGAGGACUCUUGCUUUCUAUCCCCCCCCAAUCCCCCGUAAAACCACAACCACUUGGAAAACAUGUCUCACUCCUCCUACUGAUCUUUCUUUAAAAGACACGGUGAGCUGUAGAUAAUAAAAGGGGCUGAGGAGCGAAUAGUGGAGGUAGGAAUAACAAAGAAUAGGCCAACGUUGUUUUCCUUUUCUUUGUGUUAUCUAACCUGUUUUUCUCGAGGUAAUAGUAAUUCCCUCACACCUGAAUGAUGGGGCAUUUUAGCAGGAGUAGGGCUCUGGGGAGGCCAAUGUUAGCUGGUGUGUUGGAAAAUCUAUUGUAUUUUAUUCUACAGGAAACAACUUCUGCGUGACUCAGAAAUUUGACACGGUACAUUGUCCCCAAAGGGUCAAUUUCAGGAAAUAAACAGCUAAACAUCGGAUUGUUUUUAAACUCUUUUUUACCCUUUUUACACGCACUAAGCCCUGGUGAAGAGGCGGACAGGGCGUCAGUCAUCUAGAGAAUUGUUGGAGAUUCAAAACAGACAGUUAAUACGUAAGCAGGGUGUAAUUUAAAGAGGCUUAAGGACAGGGGUGUACUAGGCUGUUUGAGGGGCCGGGGCAAAAAUGGAUCCAAAGGGCACCACUUAUUCACAAUGGGGCACCAGCUCCCAGAAAACUGUGAUUAACAAAGUUCUUCUAAAGUGGUCAAAUCUCAUUCAUGGUGUUUGACACGUAAUGUGUAAAAACUGAGUAUCAAAGAUGGAGAAAAAUAGAAAUAUCGUCACAAGCAUUUUAUGUUUGACUACUUUGGAAAUGCCAAUAUUUGCAUUCUGUGAAGUUGGAUGUCUGAGUUGGGAAUGACGUUACACCCGAGUUGAUGGCGUUCUGGUAAACAAAGUCGCAAAGCCAAGAUGGACGCCUACUGUUGUAACGUUGAACCAUUGCUAACUGUUUUCUAUGGUCUUUAAAGACCACUGAAAAUACUUUAAGUAGUAAAAAAUAAAUGAACGGAGUGGGACUUUAAAGGUUCGCCAUGUUGGGGAGGUUUUUAUUCUAAUAAACGUGACAGGUGGCUGAAUGGAAAACUUCUGAAAAUAAACAAUUAAAUGUAAAAAUAUAAUUAGAUUACCAGAUUACAGAUUACAUUAUCUUAUUGACAUCUGGGUCGGCAGUUUGAGACAGCUAGCGUAGUCACUUUUCCGCUAUUAUUUCCACACAUAGAUAGGUUUGUUGUGCAUCUCCCAGGUAUGAAUAUUUGUUAUGUUACAGCAUGAAUAUAAAAUCACCUUUUUUUUUUGCUAUAUCGAUUUGUCUUUUCAGUAUUUCAUAACUAUGAAGCCUAUUUGGAUUGAUCAAGUGAAGGAUGUUGGGAAAGGCAAGAGCGGAGACAAGGCGGCGAGGCACGUGGAAUGGAAAAUAUAUGAAAUAAAAUUGUGGAGUAUUGGAGGGAGCAGGAGGUAAAAGAAAAGAGAAAUGAGGUCGAGUUUAUGGGAAGAGGGGAACAAUGUGAGGGAUGAGUCACGGUGUUUGGUGAAAACAAGUAGCAGCGUGAUAAACAAUAGAUUGUGACAACAUGCUUGCUAAACAGGGGAGAAAAUUGAAGGUGUGUAAACAGCAUACUGCAUUUGUUUAAAUAAUGAAUACAUGCUGAACUAACGGUAAAUAGCCAAUUAUGUGCUGAUAUUCUGCGCACGCUUUCUCUCAGAGACGGCCGUGCUGUUGACAGGACUUUGAACAGACCUCUUCUUGUUCCAUAGCGUCCAUACAGCCUGUAAUUAUGUUAAACGUAUUCAUAAUGUAUGAAGAAAUGUCAUUCGCGCAUACUUCUACACACACGCCGACAAAAUACAAACACUCAAUCAACCCUUUAUUAGCUGCCGUCCCCUCAGGCCCACGGUGUGUGAUUACGGCAGACCUGUCACACAUCGUGUAAUCACUGUGCCAAGUCAUCACAUUCGAGCGCAAGACAAGAUCUGAAGUGUGUCGCCUGAGUGAAGAAACCCAAACAAAUACCGCUCAGGUAAUUGAACAUAAAUCACAUCACACGGCUGACUGUGUGUUUAAGUUACUGAAGAUAACCAAGUCCAGAUUGAAUCCACAGGAACGGCAGGCGCUCCCCAGAGAGGGACUAUAUUUUAAGGUCCUGGGGCUCUCUUAAGAUCAAGAUAACAAGCAUGUGUAAAAUAUCCCAGGAAUGUAAGGGUCAUUUAAUAAGGAACUGCAAUCUUUUUUUUUCAGCAGUGUCUUGGACUAACAUGAACUGACAGGGUUAUGUGAUAUAACAAACUCUUUGCACUGUCUUACAUCAUAAAGGCAUGUAAUGUGGUUAAAUUCUGUGCCAUGAAAAGCGAAGAAGAAGAUGAAGUCUGUCUAAUGUGGUUACAGGAGUGGAAGAGUGGACAUUUUCUUAGGCUGAGGCACUUAUACAAUUUGGUAAGGUCAAAAAGGAGAGAGGCUAGUUUGGGGUUUAAAUAAUUGAGUAUCGCAUUUAACUGAGCAAAUGUGGAGAACGUAAAAGUCACCUUCUGUCUCGCUUACAGAAGUUAUUGACUUUGUUGGGACCGCCAACCCAAGUAGUCUCGAUUGUUUUUUACUGUUGCCGCCUGACUUUGUUUCCCGUCACAAUAUAAGAUCCCAACUGCGGUGUAUUCAAGUUUCUGAUACUCAGUUUUUAAACCUUACGUGUCAACACCAUGAAUGAGGUUUGACCAUUUUAGAAGAACUUUGUUAAAUAAUUAAAAUUAAAUAAGUGGUAUAUGUAUGCUGCCCAAUGUUUAACUGUGGACAUAGCACUAUGGUGUUUGUUUGAGUAAUAUACCGUGUUAUACCUUGUUUUCAACUGGUAUUGCUAACAGCGGCUAACAACAGCUAACAACAGUUAAAUUGUGAUUAUGAAGUUUUUACCAUAAAUCACGUUACCUGUGUCAUUUUCAAGGACUUUUCUUCUGCAGAGCUCCAGUAGAUCAUUAGCAAUUUGCCUCUGAGUGGUGGGCGGAGACAGCGCUGCUCUGCACACUCUUCUUCACGCUAGCUUGCAGCCUAACAUUGUUGUUGUAGUAGAAGUGGCAGUUAACAAAGAAGCUACUUAGCGCUCGGACACUAAUGUCUUUAGGGACACGAUGAAAGCUAAUAUCAUGAUUAACUUUCUUACGAGCAUCGCAAUCAGAUAACACACGCGCUUGUUCCGCGAUCGUCCUCUGUAUUUCUCCGAGUGUAGCCUGCAUAGCGCGGCUCUGGGGGCGGAGCUUGGAUUUGUGACAUACGAAAUCUCACUGUAUCUGAACCUGCCAGAGAUUCACAGCAAUUUGAAUGAAGAAAUACUCUGAAAAGCAUUUUUGCAUUUAGUUUCUCAUGAUAUGUCCUGUAGCAUCAGAAAAAUGCUGUAUAAACAUGUAAAAAACAAUAUUUUCAUCAGUGGGUCUUUGAGCAAACACGCUCCGUAGUACUAAGUAAACUUUUUAAAACAUUUUGAUUCAUUUUCCAACCACCUGGGGAUUUCAAGUCCAAUAUUCCCUCUUGUUUACUCUUGUAGCUCCUUUCACUUUGGAGUCCAUUGGGAGGUCUCGCUGCUCCUCUGGGAAAUAUCUGGCUCCUUUGCUGCUAAAUGCAACAAUCUGUUCACCUGCUAGCUGCUAACAGAGUCCGUCUGCUGUUCAGUGUGUAGCGAGCGGAGAGUGUACAAUGAGUUUGGAGAACUUUUAAUUAAAGUUACAGCUCUCUAUUGUGGACAGAAACAAUGCUGUGGGAGCUGUGGGACUGAACCAGUACAGUGACAGUUUCAGCCCAUUACUCUUGAUUUUCAAAGUCUAGCUGAAGAAUAAUAAUACAUUAUUUUGACAGAACAACACAGAUAGUGCUCAGAUGUUGAUUUCUUGGUGAGAUGCAGUAACAGUGUUUGCUGUUGUGUGUCCUCUCCUCCUCCUCCUCCUCCAGGUUGUGAGCUGUACGCCUUCUGUGGAGCUCUGUUUGGCAUCUGCAGUAUGAUGACACUGAUGGUGAUUGCUGUGGACCGGUACGUGGUGAUCACUAGACCUCUCGCCUCUCUGGGGGUGAUGUCUCGCAGGAAAGCCCUGAGCAUUUUAGCCGCAGCCUGGGUCUACUCCAUGGGCUGGAGCCUGCCCCCCUUCUUCGGCUGGAGUGAGUACAAGCUGAAGCUGAGUCAUUAUUGAUCAGGGUGAUUCCUCUGUGGGAUAUAGAGCGGUGAGCUCUCUCUAAAUACCCUCUUUUCACUUUUAAUGUGUCAGCAUGUCAACUUGCUGCAUAAAGGUGUACCGCAGCAUCAAAUACAGUAGAUCUGACGCUGCCUUUUUGUGAAUGUGCCACAUAUUGUUAAUAUAAACUCUACUAUCAAAGGCACUGCAGUCGACCUGCUACCGUCAAUAAAAUCACAGUAGAGUUCCUGUUUAAUUCAUUAUUUCCUUUGAUAAACAUGCUCCUAGAUUAUCGAGCAAUCUUCGCUUCAAUCUUGAGAAAUCAUUCAGGAUAUCCUUAAUGAUGUGGAGUACAAUGAAACAAUAAAAACAAGAAUUAAAGAUUGAUAUAAAGAUUUGUCCAACCACGGGGUAGUUAGUCACCUCAUCUCUGUCUAACCCAUAGGCGUCAGUUUAGAGGGGGACAGUAUAACAAAAACAUGCAGCUGUUGUAAAUCUGCAUCUGUGCCAAGUUGAAGCUGCGACCCAGAGUGUGCUUUUCCUUCUGAUAAUACCUGUGGUGAGUGAGAAAACUUGUUUAACCCUAUGAUUAUCCCUUGUAAUAAAUAUUUACAACGGGGCGUUCGUUGGUUACAUGAAAUAAGUCUACGCAUUUUAUCGUGGCCAUACCAAAAGUAAAAUCAAUUAUAGUCAUCAUCCCAAAAUCACUUUUGCUAGUAGCCGUCCCUCCCACUUUUCGAAACAAACUGACGCCCAUGGACCAACCUGAAGGGAUUUGGGCCCAGAGAGGUCGCCAGGGUCCCUAGAUCAUAGUGAUAUUUGUUUUUCUCCUCGCAUGGCACAGUUUUCACCUGAAUUUGGAUACUAAUUUAAAUCCAUGCAGUGAUUUCCACUUCAGAGCCCUUGGAAGGACCAGAAAAUCACAGGCAUCCAAUACUGGUUUUUGACUACUUACCUUAAAUCGUAAUUGUAUUUAUAAUAAGGUGACCAGACGUCCCAAAUUUCUGGGGACAGUCCCCGUUUUGGAUGACCUGUCCCUAGCUAAGGCUGUCCCGUAAAUGUCCCAGAUUUAAGUGUUUCACGAAUGAGGAAAAAAUGUUGCGUGUAGACGAGAACAACGGUUAUUACAGUAGGAAGCGUGAGUAAGCAUGUCCUGAACAACAGUUUUUAUGGGGGGUUAUUACGGGGGGCAUGUGCUGCUACUAAGUAGUACCGAGUUGUUGCCUGUGAUCACACAGCUGAUGCCCCCCCACCUCGGAUGUCCCUGGAUUUCACUACAGAAAUCUGGUCACCUUAAUUUUUAAAGCCGAUUACAUGUUACAUUCACCAAUCCACACUGCAUUCAUCCACUGCUGCUGCUGCUGUGUUUGUAACUUCUCCUAUUCACACACCACUGGCACAACCACUGGAGGCAGUUUGGUGUUAAGUGUCUCGCUCAAGGACACUCUGGCUUGUUGACAGUCGGAACUGGGACUGGGAUCAAGCUUCGAGCCUCCUGACUGAGAGGGAACCGACUUUUCCACUGUGCAUCAGCGGCCCCACCCCAUGUCCUCUUUGCACAGAGAUUCUCCACAUUCUCUGAAUCUUUUAAUGAUACCCUGAACUGCAGAUGAUGAAUACCUCUUAUUCUUCGCAGUUCUAAGAUGAGGAACAUGAAUCUGAAAUGCUGUCUCAUACAGAGUGGUGAACCUCCUCCUACAUAUCUGUCCUUCUGAGAAAGUCGAUUUGUUGUCUUUGUACUAUUUUCAAUCAGAACUAUCAAAUUCUGUUUUCAUUAACAUUUUAUACAGCAUCCCAACUCUUGUGGAAUUGGAAUUGUAUAAUAAAAACCCAGUAAAAACCCAAUAAACAUAGAGGCGCUGCUCAGAGCUGGUAUAAAAAUUGACAUAUUGUAUAAGCUUUCCAGAAAGUAGAGUCAGCGGCUGCAUCUAUGCAUGUAAAAUUAAGGUGACUUACGAUUUCAUGUUUUAUUGAAAUGUCUCUAAAAAGAGCAGGUUAUAUUUCCACUUAAUUCUUCUCCAAUGUCCAUUAAAAUGCUUUUUAGAAGAGCGAGAUGUCCCACCUUGAAUUUACCACAUUGGCAGAGCAUCAUUAGAACAUUUCCAGUUUUGCAGGUCAUAAAGUUAUUUAUAUUAAUGGUCUUUCCAUUAGCAGAGGUGUCCUAGGACUUCUUGUUUUUAAUGCAUGUUUCUGUAGUUUUAAAAAGGCCACAUCCACCCUGAUACAUCAUCAAUUCAACACUUUAAAAAAAAGAGUGAGCACGCUACUCCAAUCACAAAUACUGAAGUUGCUGCCCUCAAAGCAGGUGCUGGUUCAUUGCUUAAUGCUGAGCUGCUCACAAUAGAUCCCUCGUGUUGAUUUCCAUAUUUCCUGGUUGAUAUUUUUAUCCGUUUGUUUCUCAUGUGGUUGCUUUAUCUUCUUUGCUUAAAUUAUUCAUGUUUUUUGUUGAUGUCCUUGAAAACCCCAUUGUUUCAGUACAUAUAAGUCACUUAUUUGUUCUCUUGUGAGCUUGUAUCUUUGGUGAGGUAUUUGAGGUCUUCUCUGAAAUUGUAUUUCAAAUAACAAUCAAGUUUACUGGUUAUAACAGGGAGAAGAAAAGUGUUUAUAAUAGGAUAGAGAGGUGUGGUGGACUGCCAUCGUGGGAAUGUGACGCUGAGUGGUUAUAAUGGGACACGGAGGAUAAGUGGGCUGGUCGCACUGGGACAGAGGGGCUGCCUCUACUAGUUAAAGUGGGACCUCAAGGCGAAGUAAACCUGACAUCAUAUAAACUGAGAACAGUCCGGUAAAUAUGUUAAACCCAGAGCAGAUUGUUAAGGACUCCCUAAGUGAUGCUUAGAGAGGUAAACAACUCCUCUAGAGAGGGACAGCAACAACCACUGUGUUGCUUAGCAACGUAAGUGUGUGUGUGUGUGUGUGUGUGUGUGUGUGUGUGUGUGUGUGUGUGUGUGUGUGUGCACUUAGCUGUGUGUAAAAAACCACUGCAGCUCUGUUUUGUGUUUGCUGCUGCAGGAUGUCAGGAGUUUUAACAUCUUCCAGUAAAAGUUGUGGUAACACUCUACAAUAACCAUAACUUAUAAAUGGUAAAUAGAUCGUUAAUAAAUGGUAAAAAAAUAGUUUAUUAAUGUUUAAUCAUCAUUUAUAGAGCAUAUAGCAUAGCAUAUAGACCAUCAAUAAAUUGUACAAUUGUAGAAUUUUACAAUUUUAAAAACCUAACACUAACCCUAACAUAACAAUUACCAUCUAAUUGAUGUUUAUAGGUGGUUUAUUAAACACUUAUUAAUCAUUUACAAAGCGCUACUGACACACAUUUUAGUCUAAAUGUUUUACAACCAAUAUUGAAACCCUAUAAACCUUAAAUAAAUAGUCCAUUCAUAAUUUAUGAAAAUUAUUAAUCAUAAUUUCAUUGCUUGUUAAUGGUAAAGAAACUAUUAUCAUACAUUAAUAAUCUAUCUAUUUAUCAUUUAUAGAUUAUGGUUUUUGUAAAGUGUUACCAAAGUUGCAGCUCUUUCACUUCUGUUCUCUAAGUAAGUGUUGUUGUCCUUAAACACAUAUUAGGACUCCAAUUAGCAUCACCUCUCAUUUAAUAAAAUUAUUUAUAUUACUGUCAAUGAAUUACAUUAAAUAUGUCCAUUUAAGGUAAAAUUAGACAAGGUGAGCACGACUUCUGUAGGAAUAUUUUGGAUCAUAUAUCCGUCAUUAUUCAGCUCUCCUUCUUCUCAGGCUUUGCAGUGGCCACAACUUUAAAUAAAACUGAGGGUAAUGUUUCAUCUCAGUCUCAAUCCAUCCUCAGUCAUGCAGCACCAAAAAUGCUAUCUUAAGACACUUGACAAAAUAAGCAGAGGCCUGUUGGAGGGCAAACAGCAGAACUGUUGAGACAAAUAACAGGAAGCCACUGUUUGGUCUCAAAACUGAGGCCAUAAAUUGUCUGUCCAAACAAGACAUAUAUCAUGGAUGGACCAGUUGGCACUUUAGGCAUUUGGAAAUGUAAUUUGAGAAAAUAUGGCAGGAUGUGGACAGAGAUCAAUAGAGGACCAAGUAUGGAGCCAGGGGGUGCUCCUUUGGGAAUCCUGAACAAAAAGGAGGAAAAGUCUUAUACACUGAAUUAAACCAAAAUGAAACUGGCCCAGUUGUUUUGAGACAGGUUUCAAAUUGUAUGAUAUUUUAUCAAAUAACAGCAACACUAUGGAUGCACAGUAUAUGUUUCAGAUGCUGCAACCAAGUUGCUCCAAGCCUGUGAUUUAUCGAGAUGAUAUAUUACCUUUCAUUUUGCAGAGUCAGGAUCCGUUUUAUUUUCUUUUGAUGAUUUCUGCCAUCUGAUUGGCUCUGACUUCUACCCCUUGUGUUCCUUCUUCAUUCAUAAUCUUUGGCAUUACGCCGGAUUUUCUUCUACUUCCUCACAAUCGAGAUAUUUUGAACACAUCCUCCGGUAGCUCCUGUUGCAGUUUUAUUACCCUCGUCAACACUGACUGUCGCUGUGGCUGUUUUUCUCUACAAGUUCUCUUGGGAUUUGUUGCCCCUACCGCCUCAACAACUUAACACAACAUGCAAUAAAACUGACUUAUGGCUUCCUUCCGUGUCUGGAAAAGAGACAGAGAUGGUGGUUUUUCAAGGUCUGCGUCCAAAUGAUAUUUAUAUGCGUGUGUGAAGAGUAUUGUAGGUGUCUUCAGACGUGAAGUGCGCACUUAGUAAUGUCUUUUUAUGUGAUAUGUUUGGCUGUAUUUCUUUCAAUGAUUUUGUUUGAAAUAAAGGAUCCAAUGCUAUAAAGUGAAAGCCUUUGAUGGGCUUUACGAACACCACAGGUUUUCGUUUCCACUGCAGAAACAACAGCAGAAGUCUGUGGGAUGUUUGUCAUGUUAGUCACAUGGUUAUAUAUUAAAGCUUGAAAUUCAUAAAUGAUGAUACCCACCGAGGAAUAGACGGCUAUUAGACGUCUAGGUUUUUUUAGACCUGAUUUCAACCGUCUAGAUUCUGUAUAUUUUUAGAUGGAAUUCAGACGUUGCACUUUAACCCACUAUUCAAUAACUAUUUAUUUCAAAAAGCAACUGUGAGUUGCACAACUGAUCUCCAAGUACUUAACCAAAAUAACUAUGAUAGCCGUUGAGCAAUAUACAGUUAGACCUCGGUUAGCUGGUUAGUCUAAACUUGUUUGAAAUUUAGACGUCUAAAAAAACUUUCAUUUUUAGGCCUGUGUUAGCCUGAUUUUAGACCAGUUGUCUAGGCUACAUUUAGACAUCUGUUAGACCUGUUUUAGACCAAAAAAUGCUCAGAGGGUAAAUAUUUGCUGUGAGCCAGAGAGGUGCUUAUAAGCUCUCCUAGUGAGGUGGUUUCUGGAUUUAAGUGUCUGAUCUCUUAAACUGUUUGACGCUUUGCACAAAAACAAUCUUUGGUUUACCUGAAUUGAUGCUUAACUCUAUUUAACUUCUAACAUUGGCAUCACUUUCAGAAUUGCAAAAUUUCCCUUCAUACUAAGUCAUUUUCCAGUGUGGAGUUCGAUUUAACCGACAGCUACAAGCUAAGCUAACCAGCUGUCGAAGGAUAAAGACAAGGAUCCGUCUACCAGCAGCAGCUUUGAGCUUCACUAACAUCUUGUUUGUUUCCUCAGCCAAACACAAGCCGUGUAAAUCAUAAGGUAUAAUUUUACAAGGAGACAUGCUUCAUUUCGUUCUGUUGGUGAUUAAAAUAGACUCUAAGAGUUUCUAUAACUAUACUCAUAAAACAAAGUAAGGUAGUGCUGCUGGAGGGAUACUAGUGGGGAGAUUUAACUUGACAUAAACUUUUCUUAUAUCCAUUUUUAUGUUUGUCUGCCUGCUGUUACAAGCACAGAGGAGUAGGGGUUAUUUGAAGCUUGUGUGAGUAAUUCUGGUGCCUUUAAAGUAAGUUUUAAUAUCCAUGUGGAAGUUUUGCGCUUAAAAAUCCCAGUCUAAGGUAAAACAACGCUAACAACAAUUUGAAGAAAUUAGCCGAUCGAGUCCAUCUUUUUCCACUAGCUCUUUUCCGAAUGUAACACCAGAGCCGUGUUGGUUUCUAACUCCAAGGCUGUUGUUGAUUUAUUUAGAUAAAUGUUGGUGGAGGGGAGGGAGGAUAGAGGAAUCCCAGCAGAUCGUCCCGAGUAAAUCUAUAAGUAAUGAGUGUCGAAUGUAACCGUGCCCACAGGUUGUCUAACAAAUAAGCAUACUUGGGAGAAAAUUGCGAAGAAAGAUGUGUUCAGACUACAGAUACACACGGUUCAAGGCCUUUCAGACAGAAGAGAGAACACAAACUAAUCAGAGAAUGAAUAAUUUGAAUUCAUGAGAAGAGACCUCUGAAGUGUGUGUUUCCUCCUACAGGUGCCUAUGUACCAGAAGGUCUGAUGACAUCCUGCUCCUGGGACUACAUGACGUUCACUCCUUCAGUCCGCUCCUACACCAUGCUACUCUUUACCUUUGUCUUCUUCAUCCCUCUCUCCAUCAUCAUCUUCAGCUACUGCUGCAUCUUCAGAGCCAUUCGACACACAACACGGUUGGUGCAGUCCGUGUUUAAUCACGCUAACAUCUUCUUCUUACAUGCAACAUACACUUCCAGCCUGUGAGUGUGUUUGAUACUGACGUCUAGCUGAUUGAUUACAUGUCUGGGCUCUUCUAUUGAUUUCCACUGAUGCCAUGCUCGACCUGAACGCUAAUAUUGUCUGUGCAGGCGGGCUGAUGAGAAAACUGUCUGCACACAACCGCAGUAUAAUCCCAUGUCAAUUCACCAGACGAUUAUAAGAAAUACAUUGGAGAUAAAAGUUCAGCGAAAGAAAAAAAAACUGAGAUUAAACAUUGUAAAAGCAUGAGAUGGUGUCAUAACUAUGUGGAGUGUGUACUUUUUGACAGAGCGAUAACAAAGAUCAACAGUCAGGGGACCAGGGACUCAGCGAAGAGGGUCCACAAGAUGAGGAGUGAGUGGAAAAUGGCCAAGAUUGCACUAAUUGUCAUUCUGCUGUUCGUCGUCUCCUGGGCCCCUUACUCCUGCGCUGCCCUCACAGCAUUCGCCGGGUAGGUGUGUAUGUGACUGUGUGCUUCAUCGAAGACAUUUUUUACGGUCCAACGACAUCAAAGCAUCACUGUAAGAACCGAGAACUGGCCCGAGCACUUUAUUUGUGGCAGCACUGUGCUGACAGCUUGGGGUUAAAUACGUUGUUGAAGCUGCCAAAGUCCAUCCAUCACUUCUUUAAAAGCAGGCAGGGUUUUCAGAGACAACGGGUUCAGUAGGAGUUAAAGCAGAAGAUUGCCACUGUUCUUGAUCUUCUCUAAUAGUUUUUGAACAAAUAUAUAUCUCCUGGUUGUAAAAAUGUUAGGAUGCCUAACUCUGAUGAUGCUUUCCUUACUUAUUUUCUUCCUUCAUAUAGAAAAAAGUUGAACGCUGUUAAAUCGUUAAAGUACAUAAGCCCACACAAGUUCAAUCAAUCAAUCACUUUAUUUAUAAAGCACUUUUCAUACAUGGACUGUAUCACAAAGUGCUGUACAUUAAAGAAUACAAGAAGGAGAGGGGAUACUGAAUAAAAUACAAGAUGAAAUACAAAUUGCAAAACCCCACCCACCCACCCUCAAAGCCCACACUUAACUAGUAACUGUAACUAAGUUAGUGAUUUAAAGUAACUCGCCCAACACUGAGUUUCAAACAUAAACAUAGCAUUAAAACAACUCUUCUUAAAGUUACCAAUGAUAUAUUAAUGCAUGCAGACAUAGAUUAAAUCUCAAUUCUCAUCCUGUCAGAUUUACCUGCUGCAUUUAACACCAUUGAUCGUACCCUUACCGAACAGACAGGACUGACCUUUCUGGCUUUAAAGGGUCUCAGUCAGAAACUGAUGAUUCAAGGUCACAAUCAACAACCAUGUAUCGUCCUCCUACUCUGGAAUUCCCCAGGGUUCAGUUCUAGGACCAGUCCUUUUCCACCUGUACAUGCUCCCUAUUGGUCAGUUCCCUGAGACAGCACUGUUAUGCUGAUGAUACACAAAUUUAUUUGUCUGCAAAACCCAAUAACCUCAACCCACCAUAACUGCCUUUUUGUUGCCCAUAGGUGGUUGUCACUGAAAAACUAUAACAAAUAUCAAGCCAUCUGCUAAUUAUCUAGUUAUGACCUUUACCAGGAAAUCAUCUUUAACAUUCUGAUUAUUAACUUGAACACUUUGUAACCCAGUGUUUUUAAAAGUGUCAUAUAAAUAAACAUUUACUUGACAUGCUGAUUCAUUUCAUGUAUUUUAAACUCGUUGGCUGUUGCAAGUGCUGCUCCUGUAUUUCUUCUCUCAUCUGUUACUCGGGGACACGCCCACAUCUGCCCUUGUCACAUGAAUGUGUCUCAUUUCCUCCUCUCAUUUUUCUUCCUCCUCCUCCUCCUCUCGCUAACAUCUGUCCUUGCUCUCCUCCUCUUUCCCCUCAGGUACGCCAACCUGUUGACUCCAUAUAUGAACUCGGUUCCUGCUGUGAUUGCCAAAGCAUCUGCGAUUUACAACCCCAUCAUUUAUGCCAUAACACAUCCUAAAUACAGGUAAGUUAAAAACUAUGGUGUCAAAUUUUGUGAGGAAAUGAGAAACAUAGGAGAUAUAUAAAUAUGUCACAACACAAGUCAAAAGUCAAGGCUUAUGAAGGAAUAAAAUAUGAUAUUCUGAAGAGUUUAUGGUGAGGCGUGAACCGCAGAAGAAAGAGGACACAAAAUCGAAACUCUUCUUACACUUUCUCAGCAGAGUUUCAUGUGUUUUUCCUCAGGCUGUGUCAUGCUUUGACAUAUUUUUCUGCUUCUAAUGCAAACUCAGUUUUCUUCUCUGGUUGAUAUUGAAUUUUAUUCAGGUCGAUGAAAGCCAUGCUCUGCUUUUUCUCUACUUGUUACUAACCCUGCGUGUUGCCAGGUCGGUUGAUGCACUAAUUUAGGGCUCAAAACAAAGCAAUGACUUAACUCCAGUUCUGGUUGUGCUAAAAACUGACACAAAAGUAGAUUAUGAUUAGAAAACAGAAGGAGCCGGCAGUAGGUUGUGGCUCCCGUAAGGAAAAACACCAGGCAGAUGAAUAACACAUACUCAUGGUUUAUGUCAGAAAUCAAAACUUCUUAUUAAAGGUCAGAAAAACUUUAUGGGGCUGGUGGUGACAAAAGCGCACAGUAUGUACUGUCAGUUCCACAUGACACUGGAACCCAAGUUCCUUUAAUAAAGGUCCUGUGUUAUUUUGCCCAUUAAUCAGCCCCCAACCACCUUUCAACACACUUCCUCUGACUCUCUUCUAUACCUCGAAAGGCUGUUUCUCUUAGCGUCUAAUACCACCAUAGAUAGGUUUGACGUUACACAGUGUUGAAGGAAUGGGUCUGAUGCAGAGGUUGGGUUUACUUUAAAAAAAGUGCCAUGACGAAGCUUUGGUAGUUGAUGCUUUGGGAUUAAACACAGGCUGAGUUCAGUAUGGAGAUUACUUUUUAUAUGAAUUGAAUUAAACUCAACUUAACUGAAUGGAGUUUAAUGAAUAUUGAAUUUCAAGACAAGUUAAACAAACUAGAUCUGAGUGGAACUGAAAUUACUUAAACAGAGUUGAAUUAAAUGGAGUAAAAUUGAAUUCAUUUGAAAUAAAUUGAUCUAAUAUAUCUGAAAUGAAUGGAAUAAAGUUGAGUAAGUAAAUAACACUUAAUUUAAUCAAGAGGAUUGGAAUAAAUUUGAAUUAAAUCAGUGGAGACAUUUGAGGAAAUUGAGUAGAAUGAGCCAAAUGAGAUUGUUUGUUAAUUGAGUUUUUAAAAAAAAGUGGUUUUCAGUAGAAUGAAAGUUUAAUAAAUUGAAUGGAAUUAGUCAGAAUAGGACUUAAAGGGAUAUUCCAGCAUAAAAUUAAGCGCACAGUUUGUGUACCCCGUCGAGAGAUGAAUGUAUUGCUAUUGUGUGGUCGUUACUAAAGUUGGUAUAACUAGAAAAGCAAGUGGUCAGCAACAUUCAUCUUUCGAGGGGGGUGUCUAACUCGGUGUUACGGUGUGUUUGAUCCUAACUUAAUUUUCCGCCAGAAUAUCCCUUCAAAUGGGUUAAAUUGAUUGGUAUGGUUUGGUUUGGUACGGAAGUGAAUUGAAUCAAAUCUAAUUCAGUUCAACUAAAUGUUUCUUUAGAGAAACUGGAUGUCGGCUCUAAAAUUUAAUGGAUCCAUGAGUCAUAUAUAUAGUACAAAGGCAGUACCAUAGAGGUGACAUGCCGCACACAAUGUAAUUACAUUUAGGGAAGUACACUUAACCUUCUCCGACUGCCACAAAUAUAUAGUGUCUACCUGUGAGGUCUCCGCUGCUGUGCCAAAAGCCUUUAAUACAGAGCUAUAAACCGGCUUCUCCAUUUUCUCCUCUUAGAAGCAGAGCUUUUUAAUGUCACAAGAUUUGUCACUGGUUUUAAUGUGCGAGAGAAUUUCAUUGUAGGAAUGUUAAUUAAAGAGGUGAAAUCGUCUCAGUUCAGCUGCAGCCGUGGACUUUACCAUGAGGUAAUUGAAUGUGUUCAACAAAGGAAUCUAAUAUCUUUAUAUCUGUCGUUCAGGUCAGCGAUCAGCAGAUACGUUCCUUACCUCGGCGUAUUGCUGUGCGUGACUGGCAGAGACCGCUUCAGCAGCAGCAGCUUCCAGUCCACCCGCCGGUCAACCCUCACCAGCCAAUCAGAGAGCAAAUGCACGAGCAAGCCGCGCAACUCCUCCCUGUCUGAGAGCGAAUCAGUGAGUGUCUCUCAUAUCUAAUAUGGUAUGUCUCUGUCUUUCGCCUCCUUUGAUAAAUACGCUGAAAUACGAGUUGCUGAUUUCGUCUGUCUCCUUUUCGCAGGCUCGUUUCUCAGACACAGAGGAUGACUGCUCGUCCCGGACGCCUGUCACUCGUCAGCUGUCAGCUGAUGCCAAACAGGUGCGCCAUUCCAGCCAGAGGUCUAAGGUGAGAGGUCACAAUGUGGGAGAGUCUGAGAGAAGUGGCCACAACCUCAGUGACCCCGGCAUACGUCUCAUCUCACACAUCACGGUGAGUGUUGGUGCCUGGAUUAUGUCAACAAAGUGUCGCUUACACACUCCAAUAUGCAGCAGUUUAUCUCAAACCAAGGAUAAAAGUGACACACAUUUAACUUUAUCACUCAAAGCGUCAGAAAAGGUGUCGCCACACUGAGACAGGGCACCCCACAAAACUCAGGAUUCGUUUUCACACUAGUUUUUGAUGAGGAGUUUAGCUCCUUUUCUGGCAUCCUGUCAAAGCUGAUCUCAGUUUUCUCCCCCCUGAUUCGAGGAGUGAGGUCAUGUUAUUUUGGAAUACUGUUUAAGUCGACACACAUCAUGUUUACAUCCGGUAUUUCGUGACAUAUAACUCAACUAGGUAACGUAAGACGGUGUCCUGUUAAAAUCCCUGCUGCAAAGAGUUAAGAGCUGACUUUUAAAGGGUGCGAUCUAAUUGGAUCAUGCUGCCUCGGCACCCUGUUGUGGUACGGAUACAUUUUGUGAUCCUGUUGUUUUAGGAUCACCUUACAUGUUGUUUUGGACUCUGGCUCAUACUCUAAAAGCCUCUUUCUAUCUUUAAUAAACUUUGGUUGACAUUUCAAAACUAAGGCUCGAGAAAGAAAACAGUAGCUUAUGAACCAACAUGACUUUAAAGGUUUUCCAAAGGCCACUUCAGUCUUUUAAAGAAAAAUAACCACCAUCUAAUAUGUUAAACAAUUUUACUUUAAAGCUCCUGUGAGGAACUUUAUGUCCGUGGGGACUUUGGCGCCCCCUGUGGACAAAGUAGUCUUUGCAUAUCUUGUCCUAAAAAUUACAAUAUAAAAGUCUAAGUCUUGUUUCUGAUGGUUUUGUUCGCCUAUUUAUAUCAGGAAAAGGCAUUUAUAUGGGUUGAGUCUAUUUUUUGAACAUCAGAAAAACUCCUCACAGGAGCUUUAAGUCUUUAUUGUAGGAUUUACGCUUCAUCACUUUACUAACAACAACUUUCUGUCAAAGUUAAAGUCAUUAUGAUGAAGUGUUUAUAUCAGUUUAACAAGGACAUGCUUACUCAAGAGGAUUCACUACAUUUUGGGACUUUUGGCUUUAAUAACAUUAUAAAUCAUCUCAGUUCUUUAACUAAUAGGUAUGCAUAUGCUGGCGGUAAUCUAAUGAGACACAAACAUCUGGAACCACUCACUCUUGCAGGAUAACUAUUCGAUUGGAACUUGCUUUUAUUCAGUGUUUCCCACAUCUUGUCGUCUAUCCUUUAAUUCUCUUUUUACGUUACUUCAUAUUUAAAUUUUCUUCGCACGAAACUUAAAUAUUGAAAUAUUUUCUUUAUACCCCGUUAUCACAAAAGGUGAUCCGCACAUAGAUGAGGCUUCUUAAUAAUAUCAAAUUUCGCCGCGACUCAAAUCUAAGAGUACUGAAUGACAUUGGCGCAUGAAUUUCAAAAAAGCAGCUUGAGAGGGUUUAUAUUAAACACGAGGUGUUUCACCACAAUUAAUGCAUCGACAGGUGGGACGUUUACUGGAGGACCUCUCUCUUUUUCUUUCUCGGCCCACCUGCAGAGCAUAUAUCAGGCACUGCAGGUUGUCAGACACAAGGGUCAGAGAGCAACAAAAGAUCAUCCAGUUUAUUGAUCCUGAAUCAGGAUCUUGGAUGGACAUACAAAGAUUUGAAAACAGACAAAAAAAAACAGAAAAUGUAAAAAUAGUCGGCAAAUACUUGGAUGACAAGAUAUGACAAGUUAAUUCUACGGUACGUUUCAGCAAACAGGCGGGUCGAAGCGCUCCACAGAGGACACAAAACAUGAAGAUAAACAGCUGAAAAAAAAACACAUUUAAAGGGGAUGUUUGAAAUCUUCGUCACAGGCAAAGAAAAAUCUUCCACAUUAUGCUGGAAAGAGAAUGUGGGUGCUGAGAUUUAAGAAACGGCUCUAAAGUAUUUGUAAGUCUCCUAUUCGAUCUCAAGAUGUUGAAGACCUUUCACCUUUAAUCCAAAAGCCUCUUAAAUUCUUGUUAAGUGGUAUGAUUGGCUCGGUUCUGACCAAAACUUGCAAGAUUUCUACACAUCAUUUGUUGAAAUCUCCAAAAUCCGGCAACUGGACUGUGUAGAGUUGAGAAGACGUUUCGCAGCUUAUCCAAGAAGCUUCUUCUAGUGGGGGGAGCUGGUAUUUUAUCUUACUGGAGGAGGGGAAAACAACAACUGGGAGGUUGUUGUUUUGCAUCUUGGAUAAGCAGGGAAACCAUGACCUGAAUGAAUGAGAAUCUACAUGGACAUACACGUCAUUUGAUUGGAUAACUUUCCAAACUUCUUUCUCCAGCAUUUCUCCAAUGAUAGAUUGAGGGCGGAUGUGUGGGGUGAUGUCUUAACCUUUUUGGAAACCCUGAAAACCAUGACCCCUUAUUUCCAUGCACCUCACACUGUGACCAGCCAGCUGUGCAGAGGUGUCAAGGGAGUGAGGCUUCCCUACCUCACCCUCAUUUUUCAUUCGUUGCACAACUAUAUCUGUCACUUGUCUUGUAAAGGGCCUCACAAAGAAAGCUCUCCAGAGACGACUAUAUGAAAAUAUAUACUGUAACCCCUAAAUUCAAAAUCAUAUCACACCUCCCUGGAUCUGUUGCGACUAGCAGUACCCUCUCCAUAAAGAAAAUGCUCCUCUGACAUUCCCUCUAAGCUACUUUAUUCCCACCUGGACACUGUGACUCCAGUGACUCCCACAUGCCAACCAGGUGGACUGCAGACCUUUGUUUGACCUUUGUGCUUUUCAAGGAGCGCAGACCCUCUGGAGGUUAAAUGCCUUUGACACUUGUCUAAUCAGUCACAACUGGAAAAAAAGGGGGGAAAAAAAACUUCUGGAUGUGAGGUGAAACAUCUCCAAGAAGCCGACUUUUCUACUCAGCGAAUUAAGAGAGAUUUAUCGGAGAAAAACCUGAAUUUUAUUCCGUUUAAAUUAUCAGAGUGUCCACAUACAGUAUAUUGAGGCUUAAUCAAACCCUACAGUCCUUCCAAUGGAAUGGAUAUGUGGGCCAUUGAAUAUGGAGCAUUUCCGCUUUUCUCUAAUCAUCUUAGUAAACGGAAAUAACCCAAGCAAUCCUCAUGUACACAUGCAAACACACACAUACAGGCCCAUCGGCAUGCGGGUCAGGUUCACUGAGGUCUCUAUUACAGAGGGUCAACGACUAAUCCAAUAAUCUGAGUGUUUCGGACUUAAUCCACAGUUUGCAUGAUGCAAUUUCAUGUUUCAACCGCACUUGUAAGGAUAUGAAGACGGCCAACUGUCUAGAAGUCUCUGACCUCCAUCUGCUUCACGCUCAGCACAGAAAAAGAAUAUGAGCACUUUUCCCUCAGACUCAAAACUGCGUUUGUAACUACAUGAAAAAGUCCCGUCACGCCCACAUUUUCCCUGUUCACACUCUCGAUAUUUUGCUUUUUUGUUCUUGUUAAUUUGUUUUAUGUUUGAGCGUUAAUAUAUUUGUCGGAGGUAUGCUGGUUUCUUAUCUUGCAAUAAAGAAAGAUCUUAGUUAAAGUCCCACUCCGAUCUUUUUUUACUACAUAAAGUGUUCUCAGUGGUCUUUAAAUUGUGAUGCUGCUCUGCACACUCGCCUUCACGCUAGCUUUUAGACUAACAUUGCUUGUUAGUCAGCAAUGUGAGGGUUAGGGUUAGGCUUGUUGUUUCGUCUUUAGGGACAUGAUAAAAGCUAAUAUCAUUGUUAGCUUUCUUACGAGCAUUGCAAUCCUCUAACCCACACGUUUGUUCUGCGAUCAUCUUCUCUAUUUCUCUGAGUGCAGUCUGCAUAGCGGGGCUCUGGGGGCGGAGCUUGGAUUUGUGACAUAUGAAAUCUCACAGUUUUUGAACCUGCUGUUUGGGUCUUUCAGAGAUUCACACCGAUUUGAAUGCAGACAUACUCAGAAAUGCAAUUUCGCACUUACCCGAGAUUUCCACCUCAUUCGGAACGGCUCCGAUCCAGAACGGUGCAAUUUUCACCUUACGCCAAUUCCUACCAGGUCCGUUUGUGAGGCAAAUUUCAUGGCGGAUCACAGACAGCAGUAAUCACAAGAACUCACAAGAACCCACGGAUUCAUGUGCAAUCACACAAUAAUGAGUUGUCUUUAGCCACAGAGGCUAACUAUAAAAGCAGUAGAUUGUGUCCUUCCAGAGGAGGAAAUCUACUUCUAGACUAGAUCAGCAUCUCCACAUCCAUGGUGUCAUCGGGGUUAAAUGCGGUCUAAUAAUCUUUCACUUGUUCGUCCCCGCCCGUUUGCAUGGUGUGAAAUACGAUCCGCCUGAAACAUGGCGUGUUUUAUUUUGAAAAGAAGCCAGAUUUUCUAUUUUGUUUCUUUGCCGACUUCCUUUCCAGCACGGGUUAAUCUGUGCUGAAUUUAUCCGGCAUGCUCUGGCGUCCGGAAAAAAUAGAAGUCUUGCAAUCAGCUGCGAAGUCUGGCGAUCUGCAGAGGAACGGAGAGAAGUCGGUGGAAAUUGACACAUUAACUUGAACGGUUACGAUCAGCCACGAUCGGCGGAUACGGCCUUUUCGUAGCCGUUCCAGAUGUGGUGAAAAUUGGGGGUUCAUUUUCUCAUGAUAUGUCCUGUAGCAUCAGAAAAAUGCCACAUGGACAUGUAGACAACAAGAAAAACGUGAUUUUCAUUGGAGUGGGUCUUUAAAUACAUGUUUUUAAGUACAGCUGAUCUUUUAAACCAGAAAGGUGAAAAAUAUUCUAUCUCAGGCCAGGGGUCCAAGAUCUGUCUCCAAGCAGCUUGUUUAAACCUCAGUGAUUAAUAAUGUAUUUCCUGGUUGUUUAAUAACUGUUGCCAAAAGUUUGUUUUCACUGGAGCUGAGCGCUACUCUGUUUUACAGAGAGACUCCCUGAAGUCUCCGAGCGUUGGCAACCUCACACUGACGACACGACUUGAGUUUUGGAGGUGUUGGUGUGAGGAUUUUGUUUUGAGUAGUUGUGGGGCUGUGUAUCCAGUAAGCAAACUCACUCCCGCCUGUACCUUCAUAAAUAACAGAUAGACAGGAGUUUGAUACUUCUCUUCAUACCCUACUUCGAACACGAGAGCAAAUAACACAUACUGCGUCAAAACUUUCCUUUAAGGUGAAACUUUCUGAUAAUCAUGUGGGUUUUGAGAAAGCAACAACAGUUAAAUGUCCCAGUUUUCAGAGCUGAUGCUAAUCCUGUUGCUGCUGGCAUUGUACGUGGCAUCAUAUGGGAGCAACUGGAGGAAAUAAACAUGACACACUUUUAAAGAAAUAAAUGCCUCUUUAUUUGAAAGAUCCACUUUGUAUUUAGUAGGAAUAUGACCAGGAGACUCAGAUAAAGCACAAAACAUCUUUUGAUUUUGACAAACACUAAGUGGCUGUGUUUAUGUGCACACUGUUCAGACUCUGACAGAGCCUGAAGACAUCUCCAUGUCGGACUUCAGUCGACAGCCAACCAGUCAUCUACCAGCUACUGUAAGAGUCCCCCCCGUCAGUCCACCUCUUGUUCUGUGCAGUAGAUGUGGCAUUUAUUUCAUUUUUUUAUCGCAUUUAUCUUUUUUUUUUUAACCACUAACAAUAUUUUUGUUGUAGAGCUGUCAUCUUUUAUAGAUCUGCUUUGUCGUCCUUACACAAGCAUGAUUACCUUUAUUCUCGUUGAUGCCCAUUCAUCAUUUUCACACAGCCUCCAUUUUCCUCUGAUGUCAUGCUCAGUAUGGAAAAGGUCGGAAAUGUACGAAAUUAUGACCAACCCAUGGGUGAGAAAUUUAAGGGAAACUUAAGAAAAUUUGAGCAGAUCGGAAAACUUUUUAGUCGACAAAAGUUAUGUUGGACCAGCUCACAUCAGCGUUCAACCAUUUCCAUGCAAACAGAAUUGUAUGUUGGCCAGGAACUUUACCGUAUUGUUCUUACAGCAAAACUUACAAUAGCUCACAACGACAGCUAAAAAGUCGCUAAAGAUCCUGGAGGGCGCCAAGCUGAUCCCACUUAAACGAUAGUAAAGCAAUUGUUAGUAUAAUACCACCUCCAAAUGUUGCCUUCUGUCGUCUCUUGAUUGACCUGUUAUAUAUCGAAACAACUGUCAUAGCGUGAUAGCAAGAGGCGGCGCGAUGUACGCUGAACGAUAAAAACACCAGGAAAUCAUUUCUCCGGGAAAAUUUCAGUGUUAUAUGUUCUUCCCUCGCCUGCCCAGGUUUUUUUUAGUCGCUAACUUCAAAGCAACUUAUUUAUGUUGUUUAGCUUCAAGCUCAAAGCCUGGCAUGUGAUCGCUGUAACAUGAACUAAGGCUAGUUUCCGUCUAAUCAAAUCAUACUGUACAUGGGAGAGAAAAUCGAUUACCAGGCACAUUAUCAAGGAUGUUGUUUGAGAAGUUUGAAUUAAUCGGAUUUAUGUGUUUGCAUAUUUUGUAAAAGGAUGAUUUCAGUCGGAUUUGGGCUAAAAAUCUUUUUUUAAACAUGUAAUGAUGGAUUUUGAACAACGAUGGAGUUUAAAGUUUGUGUUUCCAUAAAUUUACGUUUGUCUUAGACAGCUGUGUGACUUUUCUCCUUUUUCUUAUAGAGAAAGAAAGUGAAUUAACUAAAAAAAAUGCAAAGAGGAAAGUCAAUAAUGACACGCAGUGAAAAGCUAGGGAAUCAAACCGAGGCCACGUGCGAAUUAACCACUAAGCCAAAGUGGCGUCCAACUUUUUAAAAAGUAUUCUUUAAGCUUGUGGAAACAUUUGCUUUUAAGAUGAAUAGAAACAAGACCACAUAAAAAGUCUAAAAGGUAAAGGAGUUUGUUCAAAAUGGAAAGUUUCAGUGUAGUGAGUUUAUCUUUGACGUCUAUCCUGCCAACUCUUUCUGUCAUGUGUGAUAAAGGGCUGUAGGCAGCCAUUCAGCAACACUUUUAAGAGACUCUAAAACAGUUUAAAUACUUAAAAUGACAAAAAGCUGUCAUGAAGAAAUACACCUAAUGUGAAAUGUUGUCACGUCUCUUCAGUCCCUCCUUUUAUUUACUGCCUGUUUUGGUCCGAUCAGCUGAGUUUUCCAUCCUGUUACUUUGCAUUCAUAGUGGGCUGCUCUCGCAUAAAUAUUAAUCAAAUCUUGUGGGGAUUCGAAAGCUUUUCAGAGCUUUUGCUUUUCAUCUUCUGCUCGUGCUUUCCCACCCAGACCCCAUGUUUCAGCAACAAAGGAGCAGUGUGCUCUGUUUUGGAUGCUCUCCUGUCAUCAGAAUCAAGUAGAGAAUCAGAGUUUUUUUAACUAAUCUUAUUAAAUAACUGUUGUGAUUGUUCUGCAGAACUAAAUCUCAUGGAUAUCUUAGAGCUAAGCUAUAAACUAUAGUUAUUUGGAUCAAAUUACGGUAACACUUGACGCCUAUUUCUAUAACACAUUAUAAAUAUAUGUAUAAUGAGUUAUAAUCACGUUAUAGCACUGUAUAACUAUAGUUAUAAACACUCAUAAAUGAUCAUAAUGCUUUAUAGCAAUAAUCAUAACACAUUAUAAAGCAUUUUAUCAUGACUUACAAGGUCAGGUUUUAUAAUUUGUUAUGCUUAUAGUUAUAAAUCCUGAUGAUAUUUAAUGAGUGUUUAUAAUGAUAGUUAUACAUGUUUAUAAGCAAAUUAUAACACAUCAGAAUACAUGUAUAAUGCAUUAUCUAUGUGGGCAUUGUCAGUGAAUUGUUAACGGUUAUAACACAUUGUAACACCUGACCUUGUAAGUCAUGAUAAAAUGCUUUAUAAUGUGUUGUGAUUAUUGCUAUAAAGCAUUAUGAUCAUUUAUGAGUGUUUACAACUAUAGUUAUACAGUGCUAUAACGUGAUUAUGUAUUUUAUAAAGCAAUAUAGAGAUAGGCAUCAAAUAAAGUGUUACCAAAUAACUAACAGUUUAAUUAUCUGUGUAUGUUGUAGGUAUAAAAAGCACUUUUGGUCCCCAAUGGCCACCAUCGCCUCAGUGGCAGAAGAGAUGAGACACUGCACCUUUAACAGCAUGAUUUUAACAUAUAAAGCUUUAGUAUGUGAAAGAAAAUCUAAGUACCAGUUAGUGGGUCAAAUUUAUGUGUUUUAAAGGGUGUCUGAAGGUUUUAAUGUUUUAUACUCUGACAGGGCAAAAUACAGGCAGUCAGGUUGUAAACAAAACAACUGCUUAUCUAUAAAAGCCUGUUUUAGCAAGCAGUGAAACAUUAAUAAGCACACCUGGAAAUGUCAGUGUGACACCCCUUGAUACAGGCUGAAAAUGUAAUGGUUUAACUCUUGGUAAAAGUGACGUUUGUCUAAAUUUGUUUGUCAUAUUCCUUUAUCAGACAAUGUCAGACCAAAGCCUUAUAGCAGCACAGUUAUCCUUUAAAAAAAAUCUACUAUGAGUUGCUCAGUUAGAGUGCUCUGCUCUUUUUAUGCGGCACUAUUGAUCUCAAGUGUUCAGGCGUGUGAUACAGUCCCACUCCAUCAAGGGCAAGGUGGGAAAGCCAUUCAUCAAUCCAACCAAUCAAUGCUUUUGAUCAGCUGUGACUGUUUCAUGUCAUGUGCUGGCAGGUUAAGUGGAGGAGAGUUGUAUCGAUCCAAAUCACAGCAACAGUUGAUAAAACUUAAUUCCCUCCCUUCAACCUCCCUCUCUCUUUUUUUUUUCUUCAACACUAACAUGCACACACACACACACACACACACACACACACACACAAAUGUUGGUCGAGUCUCUAUAUCUGAACAUCUGUCUCUCUAUCUCUCCACCCACACAGAUGGAUAAUGUGACGGAGGAGUUGGGUCCGAGGACUGUGUAUAAGACGUCAUCAGUCAUUGUCACCUCUAUAUCCAGUCCGUCUAUAUUGCAUAGUCCACCUGGUUACCAUGGCAGCCUCAAAAUGGCCAAAUCUUACGGCCCGGUUGCCAGGGAGCCCCUUGACAUAGCCAGGCUGGAGACGACAGCAUUACCAUGAACUGUGUGGACUUAAGUGCAACACAAGUGUGAUCGUGUGUGUAUGUGUGUGUGAGCGCGUGUGUGUGUGUGUGUCUGUCCCUCUGCGGGAAUUUUUCUGUACCAGCAUGCAGUUUUUGCUAGCUAUCAGAGCCGGAGCAUGCUCUUACAAAUUUAUUUGCACAAAAGAGAGAGUGUGUGAGUGCGGACGCUCAGUACAUGUAACCUAUUCUGACAUUUCAUGUAGGUCUGUUUUGGUUUGUUUACCUUGGAGCUGAAGGCCACAAAUACGCCUUAAAACAAAAUGUGAAAAGAUCUGUUUGUAGUGUUGAUUAUCGAUCAGAUCCUCAAUUUGAUUCUUGAUUUUGGAUUUUUUUUUUUUUUUUGCAGAAAACAAACUUCAAAUGUUUUGUCUUACAUGUAAGCCCAGAUUCUCUGAUAUCCCUCUGGAUAGCUUGUUAGCGCUCAUUGUGAAAACCCUACGGGGACACGUUUUAAGAAGAAUAUUCUGCAGGAGUUUGCACCUUUAAGGUAAGAACACUGUGUUUGUCAAAUCUUUGUCAUUUCAUGUAUGUAAACAGUGGAAACUGGAAACUUGUGCCUUAAAUGAAAAAAAAAAAAAAAGCUAGUUUAUACUAAUUAGCUAGCUUCUGCAACAGUAUUCUCCAUCGUCAUGGUAACUGCCGCCAAACCACAUACAUACUUCCACACGCAGAGGGUCUAAAGGUAUAACCCAACAAGAGCUUAACAAAGGUUGUUUUCUUGUUUACGCAACGUAGUUAUCACAAGAAGUCCAGUUCUUUGAGUAUUGCACCCCUUCAAUGAGCUACAACACGAGUUAACCCAAAGACUGAGGAACCUCGUCUCUCUCUGUCUGUUGUAAAAAAAAAAAAAAGAUUAAAUACCGCCAAAAAAGACGGCUGCUGACAUUAUGCACUGGAGCUAGAGUCUACGCAGUAAAUAUAGAUGGAUACCCAUGUCCGUCCACCGUCCACUAGUGUUGUGUCGUUUAUGAACGAUUUGUUCAAAUGAACCGAAUCUUUUAAGUGAACGUACUGAACCAAAUCACUUCCUCGAGUGAUUCGUUCGAACUGCAGUUGAGCGGUGCAUGUUCAGUGUGAAUUCUUCUAAACGUUCAGUGAACGAAUCACCCACUGACCCCAAAUUUCCGAGCAGACCAGAUAAAUAGCAUACCAUAGGACAGUAGAUUUAAAACAUCAUGACUUAUAAACAAGUUCAGUUUUACAAACCUGUUCGCCAAAGCAACACAGACAAACACUCUUGUCUGUGAAUUGAACUGAAUCCUGAACUGUUUAGCUGUGUAUCAGUUCAAGAGGCUAAAUGAUUCGGUGAUUUGGUGAACGAAUCUUUUGAACAAAUCUUUCUAGUGAGCUGAUUCUAGUGAUUCAGUACAUCUAACAGAACUGCCGUGCCCAUCACUACCGUCCACCGUAUUGUCGUAAAAACAGCAGAGCAGCAUCUUCUUUCUGUUUAAAACAGACAGAUCAGAAAAUUCAGCGACUCUUAUGUUAGAGUCUCCUCUUCACUUCUUCUGCCACAUCAGCCAUAUUUGUAAACCAGGCUGUCAAUCCUGGUAUUUUAACUCUCUUAAAAAUAAUAAUCUCACAAUAAAAAUACAGCGUGUGAUAACUUAACAAAUGGCAGAUAAAAUACAGUCCAAUGUUUCUUAUUUUUUAGUUAAAAAGGUUUGAGUUUUUCUAAGUUUGCUAGAUUAUCACGGACUGAAUGCCUCAGUACAUAUCUAAUUUGCGGUGUGGGCAGGAGUGUAGUCCCAUUUCUCUUUUUAAUAUGAAACACGUUCAGUGAUCUUUAUUAUUAAUCAUGACACCUGAAUAGUUUUCCUUGUUUGCUUUUUGAGCGUGUGAGAAAACACCAUAAAACUUUAUAACUGCAUGGUGUUUGAGACUCCUUUAUUGUAGUUACUUUUGAUCUACGAGGCAACUAGUGAGGAAUUUUUAAAAAUAUCAUAUUCAGUAAUUCAUACGCAGACAAGAGUUUGGGAAUAAAGCCAAACACUAAAUCGACACUGAGCACAUGAAAUAUGGGAAAGACAGCCUUUUUCUUACAGGCUAUAUCGACUGUUUUUCUGGCAGUUUCCUCUCCUAUAUAUGUGUCCAAUUUAUUCAGGCAUUGUCAUCACACGCACAACAACAGAUUUAGUGUUUGGAAAUUGGCCAUAAAGAUUAUUAUGGGUCAGAACAUUCAUGAAUAAAUGCAAAAACUGUAAAGAUGACCCCUAAUAAAAAUGACUUUAAACUGAAACUAUUAAAAAUGUAUUGAAAUAUAGCAGCCAGUGCUCAGUAUUUAAAAACGUAGUGUUAGUACAAACCUAUUGACUGUUCAUUCCUGUACUGCUGCCCUCUUGUGUGCAAAAAAAUACUACAUGCAGCUCCAUUGUGAAUAUUUUUUUUAACACUAGAUCCUCAUAUGUGCAGAGUACACCUGACAGACGGAGAGUAAACAGUCAGUUUGUCACUGACUUCUCCAUUCCUGGUGUCAUGAAGUAUCCUACAUAGGACAAAUACGGUUACUAUUGUGUCACAACACCACAGCAUCAUCUAAAAAUCAUGUGUCCAUGUGUGAAAGUGUGCAUGAUUUGUGUGCCUGCGCUGAAGAACUGGACUCUCAGUACUGUACUUUGUAUUUCUCUUGAUGCCAUUCUUUACUGUCGUAUCUGCUAUUUGAUAUACGGAUGAGAGCUUGUUAAAUGACUUCAAGAUUAAUAUCAUAGACCUCAUAGAUAGACCAUAUCACUACUUUGUUUUACACCUUUUUCAUGGAGCGUUACAUUCCCAAAAACAUCUUUCUCCCCUUUUGUACAUUGCUACUCCCUUUGAGAUUCCUAAGACUGCUGCAUCUUUGACUAUGAUUGUAAAAAAUUGUUCUUUUCAUAUUGUCAAAUUUUAUCUGACACACGCUGUCGAUUUUUUAAACGCUAUCUGAUAUAUACUCCGAGUGAACUUUAAGAUCUUAGUUCACUGAGCAACAAAGGUUGUGACUUUCCCUCUGUUGCCAGUUUUUCCUGCAGUCUUUUCAGCGAAUGUAGAAAAACGAGAAGAAAAAAAUUGAAGUUGGCUCGAAUUUGGCAUUAUGAUCACAUAAAUAUACAGUAAUAUAUAUGUAUGUAUAUGGAGUUUAAAUUCUGCUUAAAUGAAGUGAUGUUUAUGAAGUGAUGGUUUCAUGUUGAUUUUGUUUUCUUUGUACAAAAUGUUGUGUUGUUAUUUAUUUUUAUAAAUAAAACUGUUGCUAAAUUUGACUUGUGGCUUCAGUGUUUUUCUGCUUCUGCCUAUAAAUGCAAAGUUUUCUGGUGAUGUGCAGCUUGAUAGCUGGUGGUGCUUCAAAAGUUAUACCUUUACAUAAAACCUAAGCCUUAGGUUUCAGGAGCAGUUUAGUAGGUCUGAAAGCAGUAACAAGCUAAAAAAAGGUUAAUCGGUGCCGAUAUUAAAGGGAUAUUCUGGCGUAAAAUUUGGUUAGGGUCAAACACACCGUAACACCGAGUUAGACACCCCGUCGAAAGAUGAAUGUUGCUGACCGCUUGCUUCUCUAGUUAUACCAACUUUAGUAACAACCGCACGAUAGCAAUACAGAGAGCCAUCAACAAACCUCAACCAAAACGCCACUCUAUCGCCACAAAUAAUGCUCAGAACAGCACCUAACUUCAUCAACAGUACAUAUAGGGUCCCAGCCAUAGCACUAGCCACCAAACAUCUUUUUAACUUUGUCUAAUUUCUUUUGCGAAGAGACUAAACAGAACUUACCCACUCUCUUCCAGCAGCCACUUGUUUGUAUUGUACAGUGGGGUGACGCAGCUCAAGGAAGAACAUUUAUGAUCAUUCUUCGUGGAAAUGCAAUCAGACCGAGACGCUAAGGCAGAAGAACUACCACGUCUGCAGUGCAAAAUGAUUAAUAUGAUGAUUACUACUUCAAAGAAUUGAUAAAGUAAUGAUCAUAAAUGUUCUUCCUUGAGCUGCGUCACCCCACACAACAAACAAGCAGCUGCUGUUUGUAUUGUACAGUGUUUGAUGGCUAGUGCUAUGGCUGGGACCCUAUAUGUACUGUUGAUGAAGUUAGGUGCUGUUCUGUAGACUGCUGUGUAUUGCUAUUCUGUGGUCAUUUCUAUAGUUGGUAAAACUAGAGAAGCAAGCAGUCGGCAACAUUCAUAUCUCAAAGGGGAUCUAACUCAGUGUUGACCCUAACUAAUUUUAUGCCGGAAUAUCCCUUGAAGUCAAGAAACUGCAGAGUAAAGAAAAGACAAGCAGAACUGCAGCUCCUGAUACUCCCCUCACUCAAUAAGGACAGAAACAGCUGAAAUAUCUUUAACAUUUUGUCUUUUUACCAAACUUCAUGUCGCCACAUUAACUCUUUAUCGCCUGAAACCACAAAUUAUGGAUAGAAAAUUCAAAUGUUUUUGGAGUUGAAAUGUUUAUUUCACUUACUACUGAAAGCCAAAAAAAUCAAAAUGUCCUUAAAAUUUAACAAAUUUAUUUAUCUUGUUUGAUGUUUUUGGAAACUGAUAAACUACAAGAGAACAUUUUGAUUAUUUAUCAGACUGUAUUCAGGUGUUUUUUAGUAAUUUGUUGAUCAUAUUGAUUUGAUAGAAGUAUAUAACAGUAUUUAUCAAAUAUAAUACAAAAGGCAAUAAAGGGCUACGAAACCUUCACAGAUUUUUAGAUUAUUAUCAUAGGAAUCACAAUAAACAGUCAAAUUUCACACUUGAAAAAAGUCAUUUAUGUAGUUUCUGACUGAUAAAUAUGAUAUGAUUUCUGUCUGGAGCUAUCCGUUUCUUUAGUAGCAUGGUGGUGUUUUUCUCUGGUUCUCUGCGGCACCAUCUGGACAUCAACUGACCGAUAUUUUCAGAAAUCAUUAGGUCAGAUACCAGCUGGAAUAUCCUGAUGCAUUAGCAGACGUCAUAUCUGUCCAGCAUGACAGCGAGCAGUCAUGAUGGACAAUUAUCCUCAUGCUGUUUGACCAGAACGGGCCUUCCAGCAGAACUACGGCACCCCGCAGAGGUCAUGGUUGACACUUGAUUGGAAAAAACGGAGGCUAUAAGAAGGAGGAGAGGACAUAAAUAGACCCUCUGUUGGUCACAUCCAUAAACACUGCAUGUUGUCUCAACCUCAGAUUAAUGUGACCGAGAACUGACUGGUCUUUUACUGAACUUACAGAGGCAACAACGAGUAUGAAAACUUAACAUCCAACACAAAAAUAUGAAAAUGUCAUAAACAGAUUUCAUUAAGGAAGCAAAUUUCUUUGAGUGAAUGUUUUAACUGGUUAAGAAACAGGCUGAAACUGACACUGAUGCCUCUUUAUGACCUUCAAAAGUAAAUAAGAUCAUCUGAUUAUUUCUCUGUUGUAAUUUUAAUGUCUUAAAACACUUUAAGGAGUCCAACUAGAUGACUGACAGAGGAAGAAGAAACAACCUUUUUUCUUUUUACCAUGGCUGUGAGUGAAACAUUUCACUGUUUGCUAGCAACAGGUUGUUGUUGUUUUUGACUGAAAGCUUUACUUUUACAUGAAAAAAUCAUCACUUUAUCCAUAGAGGGCGCCAAAACCAAAAUGAACCGAAAGUUUCUCAAAGUCUCUUUAAAAUUGUCAAAUUUUAACUAGUUUUGAAAACUAUUUUAUGCCCCAGGUGCAUACAGGAGAAAACAGUUGAUCCAAGAUUUGUCAAAACUCCAGAUGCGAUGAAGAGCAACACAAUUUUAGUGUUUUGGUCACUCACAUUAAAGCUAAUCUUCCCUUACAGUAAGUGUGGCCUUUGACAGUCCUUUUUUAAAUCUGUUACUUCAAUAAUAACUAAGAAACCAAGUGUGACAUUAAAACAAAAAGGGUUCGAGAACUUUUAAAACUUGAAUAUAAUCCGAGUAAAGAUGAGUAACACAACAUUUGAACUUCAGCUUCUCCAAAUAUGUACUAAGAAAUAUGUGCUUGGUUAAAAUCCAGAUGUUCCAAAAGGGUUUAAAGACAAAAACGUUAACUUAACAUCAACAGUUUCUUAAAGAUGUUCUGCUGCUUCUGUGUAGAAGACAACUUGUUAAAAUUCUGAUGGGCUGCUGCAUUUUGGAUAAUCUGCAAAGGUUCGACAGUGCACAAGGGGAGGCCUGCAAGUAGGAAGUUACAACAGGAAAUGUGUGAUAUCACAAGAGCUUUUCUUGAAGACUUAAAAACAGGCAACUGUGUAGAGUUGAGAAGACGUUUCGCCUCUUAUCCAAGAAGCUUCUUCAGUUCUACAUUUUGCGAGUAGAACUUGCUUAGAACUGAAGAAGCUUUUUGGAUAAGAGGCGAAACGUCUUCUCAACUCUACACAGUCCAGUUGCCUGUUUUUAAGUCUUAAAGAAAACCAUGACCUGGAUGUAUGAGAAUCUACACGGACAUAUCACAAGAGCCUGUAUCAGGAGCCUGUGUUGUGUGCUUCCUCAGGUCGGGUCUUAUCCUCCCGAUCAUAAAGAGGGAAAAUCAGCAGGACUGAAAAAUUAAGGCCACACCAACCUUAAAGUUAGCUUUACAUCACCGGUUUCUUGAAGCUGCUCUGUCUUCUGACAUUUUGGUUUGCCCGAGUCCAUCUCAGCUCACAGUCUCUCACACAGAGCAGUAACCUGUGUGAGGACAUGCUGCAUUAGCAGGCCUGCAGGCUCUCCAGCACAUCUUUCUGUCUGUGUGAGUGUGUGUGUGCGUGUGCAAAUGUGUGCAGUCACGCGAUUUGCUCAGAGGUGAAGGGCAGGAGCCACAAAAGAGCCUCGGUGUCCUCUGCGGUGUGUAAUCAUGCUUGUUAUCUCUCACAUCAUUGCUGGAAAGUAAAUUCCACCAGGCGUGUGUGCCCAUGCAUGUCUGUGUUUCAUCAUGUGUGUCUGUGGUCGGGGAGGAAAGGCUGAAGUGGAGCCGUGUGAAGGGGCUCUUAAACUGUGCAUGCAUAGGAAGUCACAGUAAUUGAUCGGCUUAAAAUGUGCACAAAAAAGUCACGCAUAAGCACGUUUUUCAAUUUAUUAUAUGUAAUUGUGACUCGAUAAGAAUUUUCCUCUGACGACAAACGGAGUGAACGUGUUAAAUCGCUCGUAGCCUUUCGUUAACUUUGAGGAACACAUAUGUUUCUGUGUGCGAAAACUGCUCAUGGGAUGCAAAUGUUGGGUUCUGGAAAAAUGUUGUGGUGGGAAAUCUAAAGCCCAUAUAAAACCAUCAUUUUCCACACAGGCUUCACAUUUUGCUAAAAGUGAUCACAUGUAGGAGUCACACAGACAGUUUUUUUUUAAAAGGGUCCUAGAGGGGAAACAGUCUAAGCUCUCCUACUUUAAUGGAACUUCUACUGCUUUCAGCAAAAUCAGCAAGGUGCAGAUUCUAUUCAUGUGUAAAGCUCUUUCUGGUGUCCAGCCAGUUUGGAGUUGUGGGGUACAGCCUGACUGUGUGAACGCAUUAGCUUUAGCUCACAUAACGGCGCAGGACUCAGGGGUCACCUCCCUCUGCAGAGUGGUUGCUUGUUAAAGGGAUAUUCUGUCGUAAAAAUAAGUUAUGAUCAAAUAUACUGUAACAUCGAGGUUAGACACCCCUUAAGAGAUGAAUGUUGCCGACAGCUUGCUUCUCUAGUUAUACCAACUGUAGUAACCACCGCAUGAUAGCAAUACGCAGCAGUCUGAGGAGUCAUAAACAAACCUCAACCAAAACGCCACUCUAUAGACACAAAUAAUGCUCAGAACAGCACCUAACUUCAUCAACAGUACAUGUAGUGUCUCAGCCAUAGUACUAGCCACCAAACAUCUUUUAAACUUUGCCUGAUUUCUUUAGCAAAGAGACUAAACACAACUCACCUACUCUCUUCCAGCAGCCGCUUUUUUGUAUUGAGACCUCAAGCCAGUCCAUCAACUACAGCAGGGUGAUGCAGCUUAAGGAAGAACAUUUAUGAUCAUUUUUUUAUCAUUUCCUUUAAGUAAUAAUCAUCAUAUUAAUAAUUUUGCACUGCAGAUGCGGUAGUUCUUCUGCCUUAACGUCUCAGUCUGAUUGCAUUUCCAUAAAGAAAUGAUCAUAAAUGUUCUUCCUUGAGCUGCGUCACCCCGCUGCAGUGGUGGACUCGCCUGAGGUCUCGCUACAAACAAACUGCUGCUGGAAGAGAGUGAGUGAGUUCUGUUUAGUCUCUUUGCUAAAGAAAUUAGGCAAAGCUAAAAAGAUGUUUGGUGGCUAGUACUGUGGCUGGGACCCUAUAUGUACUGUUGAUGAAGUUAGAUGCUGUUCUGAGCAUUAUUUGUGGCUAUAGAGUGGCUUUCUGGUUGAGUACGUGGCUCUCUGUAUUGCUAUCCUGCGGUCAUUACUAAAGUUGGUAUAACUAGAGAAGCAAGCGGCUGGCAACAAUAAUCGCUCGAGGGGGUGUCUAACUCACUGCUACGGUGUGUUUGACCCUAAAUUAAUUUUACGCCUGAACUUCCCUUUAAUAUGGACACGAGUAAAAUACCAAAGAAACAUUAGCAUUACUCUAUCAGCAUUUAAUACUGGUAUGAUAGUUGCACCGGUCAGUAUUGCAGCACUCAAGUCCAGGACUUAUGGACUCGAGAAGUGAAGACUUGGACUCAAGCAACGUCUCUAUUACCACUCAAAAAAUAGAGAGGAAGACUCAGACAAGAUGUCAUAGCCAAGAAAGCUUGCACUCUGUGUACAGAGGCUAGAGUACGGUGGUUGACAAGGGUCAACUAAGUGCAAAAAACAUGCUGCAAGUACACAAAUGUCACAAAGCAAAAAUGCACAAACGUAGAGAGCAGCUGUAAAUUAGACCACACACCAAACUUGUCUAUAUCAGUGAUAUCAGGGAGUAACGUUCAAAUCACCACAGUCACAAGAUUCAGAAAUGGAUUCUGACACCGCUGAUGAUGAAGAGGAGGUGAGCAGGUCAGUCCUUGUCACAGCAGUUGCUGGUUCAGCUCCUGGCCUCGACCCUUUCCUGCAUUUCUUCACCUGCUCUCUAGUUCCCACAUUUCCUGUCGCUCUCCAGCUCUUUUAACUAACUGAGGUGCAAAAGCCUCAAAAAUUAAGUAUUAAUGAUCUCCAUCUGAGUAUCGGUGUCUGGACCUUUAGUUCCAGAUAAAAAAAGAAAGAUUGGAUCCAUUAAGAGUUUCUGAAUCGAUCUUUGUCAGCUUUCAAAGCCGCCUGUUUACAUUUACACCUGUCGACAACCUCUACAAUGUGUGUGUGUGUGUGUGUGUGUGUGUGUGUGUGUGUGUGUGUGUGUGUAGGAUUAAUAUUUACACAAUUUUUAAGACCUGAUUUUAAAGAAAAAUAAAUGCAACAGGCCUGUGAACACCUAUGUCCUAAUCUGCUGUUUUUGUUCACUUAACCUUAACAGCUGUGGUUUUCCUGCUAAUUGAAUUGCUCCAUAUGACAGACACACACACACACACAAACACACACACAUAUACACACACACAAAAACAGAGGGCUGGCAGCGGCAUCAGCUCGGUGGCAGUGUUUUUAGGGAAUCAACGCAGAGUAAUUUGUCGUUUCCCUCUCCUAGCAAAGACUGUAAGGCUGCAGAGCGACUGUCAUCCGCGCACAGAGGCUGAUUACAGAUAAUAAGGUGCUAGCAGCAUGAAGUGAUAGCAGAAUAAGAGAGUGUAGGAGAGAGAGACGCAGGGAGAGAGAGGGAGAAUGUGUUGCAGUAAGAGGGGUCUAUAUUGGCCAUGUGAAUCGGCAGUGAAGCAUUCUGGGGCUUCGUGUUACAGGCCUUAUAAGGGGCCAGGGCCCCUGUGUCUCUGCUCACCUCAGCUAUUCUUAGGCUGUGUGUCCCUAACCCUCAGCAACUCUGCAGGCAAGAAACUCUUCUCCUUUAAAGUUGACUUUUAAAUUGACUUUUAAGCUCUUCUAAUGCUCAGAUUUUAAAAUAUCUGAUUUCUGGGUAAGACGUUUUUUUGGUGGCUGUUUUUUCCUGCAGCUGCUCAGCUUGGCUCUGUACUCUUCUACUGCGUGUGUCCAUCUAUUCAUGUGUGUAUUUGUGUGCACGAAUGCAUGUUUGUGUGUGUUGUCACAGAGGUUCCACAGCACCUGACCCACCCACCACCACCACCCACCACCCCAGGGUGUUUGUCCUGAGAGCUGGGAGCAGACGGGGAGAGGCGGUAGAGAAACCAGGGCUGACGGAGGAUAAGCGAGCAGCAAGGCGCCGUCAGGGACAAAAAGGAUAG